AUGAUUAAGGAGAAGGAGAAGGGCGGUGGUGCCCGACUCAAAGACGAACCAAAUGAUCCGACGGAACCAGGUCAUGGGUCACGUCCGCCGUCAGCUUCGCUGCCGACGCCAGCGGCGUUGAAGAAGGACCCAGAUGAAGCUACCCACAGGGUCAAGAUGGAGCCCCACAGCCAGGGGGGCGAAGACUCCACCGGCGACCUCGGCGUGGACGGCAUCAAGACUGAAAUAGACGGCCUCAUGGACAGCGAUGGCGAUCCAACGAAAUCACCCCAGUGUGACCUUGGAGGUCCAGGAUCUAUGAAAUCUGAACGACUUUCAUCAGACUCCAAUGAUAUUAUUGACCCUCAAACGGGACUUAGAGGUUCUUCAGGCAAUUUACAGGAUGGCAAUCAAAACUGUCGCAAUCCGAACGGUCCCGACAUGGGGUCGUGUCGUAUGGGUAAUACAGGCCCCAUGGGUCCCGGAGUAUCAAUGGGACCCAUGUCGAGUGAGGCACAAACACUACCAUCAAAUGUAAUAAGCAAACAGUCUGGAAGUAUGGAGCAGCAAAGUCAGAUCUUCGUGUUUUCAACUCUACUGGCCAAUAAGGGAGCCGAGUCAGUUAUAUCUGGUCAGCAUCACUCCAUCAUAGCAUAUCACUGUGCUCAGCCAGGGACUAAGAAAUAUUUGGAGAAACAUCCCCUCAAAAUGGGUCAGUUUAAUAAACAGAAUCCCGCACAAUGGUUAAAUAAUCUAGCCAUGGCAAAAACGCGUGGCGGUAUGCGCGGUGGUCCGAAUAUGAUGGGGCCUAAUCAGAUGGGGCAUAUGAUGGGAGGUCCUAUGGGGCCGAAUAUGGGGCCUAUGGGUCAUAGUAUGGGCCAUAUGGGUCCGAACAUGAUGGGGCCUAACCGUAUGGGUGGGCCUAAUCAAAUGAUGAUGAUGAAAGGAGGGCCCGGACAAAUGGGAUCAAUGGGUCCGGGUAUGGGGCCCAUGGAUGGGUUUCCAGGGGGCACCCCGUCCUGUGGUGUCAUGGACGGCCUCGGUGCUGAUGGUGAAAUGCCAUGGGACACCAAAAACUCCUCCGUAAUGUCUAAUGGUAUGGCCAACGGACCCUCUCAGAUGCCGCCGUGUUCUGAAUCUGGCGACAGUGGGGACAAUCACUGCCAAUCGGGACAGAAAGUUUCCUCCGCAGGCGUUAAAAUACCAGACGAAAACCUCACGCCUCAGCAGAGGGCACACCGUGAGGAACAACUGGCUACUAUACGGAAAAUGCAACAAAUACUGUUCCCUGAGAGCGGCAGCAAUCACCAGUCAAACGACGGCAACCAACUACAGAACGACAUCAAUCCACCAAAUUCAACAGCCAAUAUGAAUAUGCCGUUUCCACCGAUGUCUGCCCACGGGCCUAUGGGAUCGGGACCUAACGGACCUAUGGUGUCGAUGCCUAGUAGCAUGAAUAGCGGGCCUAGUUGUACUAUGUCCGGACCUAUGGGACCAAAUGGGCCGAUGGGACCUGGGCCUAUGGGGCCGGGCGGACCUAUGGGUCCGAACGGUCCGAUGGGUCCAAACGGCCCCAUGGGUAACAUGGGUGGACCGGGUAUGGGUAUGGGUGGGCAUGGAUCAAUGGGCCCUAAUGGUAUGAUGGGUCCGAACGGGCCAAUGAUGCCGGGAAUGGGACCCAAUGGACCCAUGGGGCCGAUGGGACCGUGUGGAAUGAAAGGAAUAAGAGGAUCUUGCGGUGGCCCGGAUAUGAAGUCGGGGAUGUGUACAGAUAUGCAUAUGGGUCGAGGUUGCGGCGGGCCGAUGGGACGUAUGCCGAACCCGAUGGGCGGUAUGGGCGGUCCGAAGCCAUGUAUGAUGGGCGGACCUCACAUGGGACCUAGGAUGAUGCAAGGACCUAAUCUUAAUACAAUGAAUGGUGGUAUCAUGAUGGAGGGUGGUAUGAUGGGUGGUAUGGUGCACGGAGACUGUGGCCCCGACCACCAUCUCAACAACGGACCAAUGUGUGACGACUAUGGAGGGAGACGAAAUAUGGGUCCAAACGACCCAGGCGGGAUGGGUCCAAAUCUGGGUCCCAAUUUAGGUCACAAAUCCCGAAGCCCUAAAUCACCAGCAGACAUUGACUGGCAGAAGUUACAACAUCAAUUCUUCGAUGAUAAUAAAAAUAUGGACAAUGAACUCAGUACCCAAGUGAAGUCUCCGUGUUCUGAGCGCGGCGGCUGCCUGCCCCCUCCCCCGUAUGGAGCUUCGCCCCUUCACAGAUCUGCCUCAGUGCCUAUAGCGACCCAGUCGCCUUCUGGCGGUAUGUUGUCGUCGGAAGUUUCCCGCGCCGGCUCGGCGCUUUCAUCUCCCGCACACUGCAAGAAAAACGAUCCGCCCGAGAUAUUAGAGAAAUUGGAUGACGGAGUUUUUGUGCGAACGCUACAAUGCUUGGCGGCGCAGCAACAGAAGAACCAACAGCAUAAGGAACCCAGUUUGAUGCCCGUGCCUUCACCUCAACAAAUAUCAUAUCUGAACCAAUUUGAAGGUCAAGAGUUAACGAUACAAAAACAACCAAACACAUCACUCAAAGAUAACGGCCCGCCUUCAAACAGCGGGGGUCAAACGCCGCAGUCUAAUUCGAAUCAAAAGUCACCAGCUGGUAUGUUGCCUGGCACUCCCGAGGGUCAUUCGUCACUAUCAGAACAACGUGCCGGUCGGUUUUCUAUGGAGCAAAGUCCCGGGUUCAACAAUCCUCAAACGCCAACCGGUCCUAAUAAAUGUGCACAGGAUGAAAAGUCCCGUCCAAGUCCAUCAUCGAACAGGUCAAGUCAGGAGAAUGCGUCCAAGACUCCUCAGCGGGAGGGUCGCGAGGGUCGGGAGGGUGCCACCCUCAGUCAGGGUCCGUAUGCACCCUCCUCCACCGCCAAGAGCAGCUGUAGUGUAGUAUCAGCACCCUCACACUCUGAUGACACCAUGGCUUCCAACACUGAGACGACGUUAUCAGGCGGUCCAAACAGCACGAGCCUGCCGGGUCCGUUCCCAGGUCCCUGUAUGAACAGGCCUGAUAACAUUCCCAUCAACCCUAACCAGGGUCCCAACGGCCCCAUGGGAACUUCAACGUCUUCCUUCGACCCCAUAUCGUCGCUGGCUCAAAUGUCUCAACAGCUGACGAACACGGUGGGCGGAGGAGGUCCGGGACCCAUGGGGCCUUCUCCUGGAAGUAUGGGGCCUUUCGGCUCCGGACCUCACCAUAUGCAUCAUCACAACAUGCACCCGCACUCACAUCCACACAUGAUGAUGAAUGAUUUAGGUUGCCACAUGGACAAUAUGGGGGGCCCAAUGGAAGGCAUGAUGAGCGGAGGGGACUUCACUCCGGACAUGAAUCUAAGUCCGAAAAUGAGCGGAGGUCCCAUGGGGGGACCGAUGGGUCCCAUGGGUCCGGACGCCUCCAUGAUGGGUCCCCGAAUGGGCGGGCCCGGCAAGAUGCCGCCUUUCAACGGCGCCAACGUGCAAGUGAAAGCGAGCGCACCCAACACCAUACAGUAUUUACCGACGCGGCCACAAAUGGCGUGCAACCAAGGUCCGCGGGGUCCACCCAGUCUGGACUUCCUUCAGCGAGUCACGAACCCCAUGCAAAUGGAAGGCGGUAAAGGCGUGCAGUACUUCCCCGACGGCGGCAUGAGGGGAGUGAUGCGCGCGCCCGGCAUGCUCCGUAUGCCGCACUACCCGGCCGGAUUCAAUUCACCUCCCAAAAUGGCCGGCGAGCCUUUCCCGCCUAGCCCGAUGUGCGGGCCGGGUUUCCGUGGAGUGAAGGGCGGCGUGAGGAUGGGCGCGGCUCAGCCUUUACCGCCGUCCAUGGGCGGGCCGGGUCCGGGCUUCAAGGGCAACUUCCCGGUGCCGUCCACCGCGGACCCCAACUACGCGGCCCAGUUCCACAACUUCCAGCAGCAGCUGUACGCGACGGGGUCCCGCGGGGCCCAGCCGCACCCCGGAUACCCCCCCUACCAGCCGUCCAAGUGA